AUGGCUGAAGGAAGCGAAGUUUCCGAUGAAGUCGAUGAAGUCGCAGUAUACCCUGUGCUAGACGUCGAUAUCGAGGCUGACAAGCCCACGCAGCAACGCGCGUCAUCAGGAAGCUCUGUUUUGGACGACAGCGCAAUCGAGGAGCAUGGACGUACCUAUCAUUCAUAUAAACAGGGUACAUAUUUACUGCCAAACGACGCAGAAGAACAAAGCAGACUCGACAUCCAGCACAAAACCAUCACCACCUUGUUAGGUGGAAAGCUCGCCUUGGCGCCAAUCGAGCCCAAAAACGUCCUCGAUGUCGCCACAGGGACGGGUAUUUGGGCCAUUGAGUUUGCGAGACAAUAUCCCAAAUCGAACGUGAUCGGGAGCGACCUUAGCCUCAUCCAACCCAAAGACGUUGUCCACAAUUGCUCGUUUGUAAAGGAAGACGCAGAAAACGACGAGUGGACAUAUAACCAGACAUUUGACUACAUCCACUUUCGGCUCCUCUUCACCUGUUUCAAUGACUUGUCUGCUGUGCUGCGGAAAACCUACAAUCAUCUGGAAUCAGGCGGCUGGGUAGAGUUUCAAGACCACACACCCGAAGUCCUCUCGUCUGAUGGCACCAGCGUGGGAUCCGGCAUGGAGAAGUUUGGUCAUGCAAUUGUCAGAGGUUUGGCGAGGUUCGGACGCGACGCAACUCGUAUCAAGUCUAUUAGACAGCUCCUCGUGGCGCAGGGCUUCGUCGAUGUGACAGAGAGAGUUUUCCCGUACCCCGUGGGUGUGUGGCCUAGAGAUCCUCAUUAUAAGGAGGUUGGCAGAUGGAACGGCCACAAUGUAGGCUUGGGUCUCGAAGGUGCGGUCAAGAUGUUGUUUGCUGCUGGACUCACAGAGUCGGAGGCUCAAGACUUGAUAAGUCAAGUGCGAGGGGAGCUGAAGAGUCAUCAUGUCCAUGCAUUUAUGCCUUUCUAUGUUGUCUAUGGGCGCAAGCCAUAG